AUGGCGUGGCAGACCGGGGCCGGCGGCAGUGGUGUUGGAGGGAUGCCCGCAGGAGAUCAGAAUGGCGUCCAAGCAUACACUCUUCAAGGUGUCAUGCGAUUCCUGCAGACGGAAUGGCACCGACAUGAACGAGAUCGAAACGCGUGGGAAAUCGAGCGCGAGGAGAUGAAGAAUAGAAUAGCUAGCUUAGAGGGCGAAACCAGGACGAGCAAAGGGCUCCGAACUUCGCUCGAACGCCACGUCAAACUACUCGAGCUCGCACUCAAGAAAGAGCGGGAAAAGGUCAAGAAGCUGACCAAGGGUGACUUCGACGACGUCCGUAAAGACCCCAAGGAACUCGCCAAGGAAGAAUUGAGUGCCCUCGGGAAAGAAUCUUUUCCCAAAGCGAUCAGUCAUUUUGACACCGAAGUCGAUCCCGAGAACCACCUCGCACAAGGCAUCCGCCAGGAGAAAGAACGGGACAAGUCAAAAGGCUAUCUCAGCAAGUGCGCUUCGGAAAUUACGUAUCACAUCCUCCCGACUUCUCAUGUCCCACCUGAUGUCAACGACACAGCUCCCAUCAACAAUUCGAAUCACAUUUAUUCAGAGCAACAACCGACGCAGCAAGAACUUCAAGAGGCCUAUGUCCAGUUGCAACAACUUAAAGAACAACACCACCGAGAUGUAGCCAUGGUUCGUGAAAAUGCUGCUCAACCGCAAAAUCCUUUCGCAGAACCUGCACCUCUCGCUAGGUCUAACACACAAAUCAACCACGAGGAGCUGCAACGAAACACGGGGGAGAGGAAGGUAUCAGACCAAAUGAUUCAAUCCCUGCCCGUGGUGGAUCCUCGAAAGAAUUUCUUCAACGAACAAAUGCCCGUGACCGAGGAACGCAUAGAGUCCAUUAGUCACACUUUCGACUCCUUCGGCCGCGAAGUCCCUGCCAAAGAUCAAACCGACGCAGCACCGAUCGAGGUUCCGAAAGAGGUCAGUGACGGAUGGGAUUUCGACGACGGCCCUGCACCACACGAGAAACCGCUCGAUCCGCCCACUCAACAUCGACCUGACGUCGAAGUCUUCCCCAGCGCCAACCUAAUACCCUCGAAAUCCCCUCCUCGAGCCCCGGGAUCUUAUCGACGCAAGAGUUCUGGCGCAAGGCGACGGAGUGAGGGAAACAAUGAUGCCCGCGAACUGGCCGCGUCCAAACCGGCCACGUCCCAGUUCAAAGUGCGAUUUGCCAUGAGAGGCCACCUGGACGUUGUUCGAUCCGUGAUUUUCACUGGAGGUGGAAGUCCGGCAGAGCCAGAAUUUUGCACAGCCAGCGACGACGGUGGUGUCAAGAGAUGGCAUAUUCCAGCGACGUAUACUCACGGUGUCGCUUUGGGCGAUGAUCUAGACCGGACUGCCCAUUUCACGCAUCGCGGUCAUGUAGGUGCGGUGUGCUCGCUGGCGGCAUGUCCAGCGUCGACAAACUUCUCCAAUGGAGGCCGAGCGGCAGGGGACGGAUGGAUCUUUUCUGGCGGUGAAGACGCAGCGGUCAAGGUCUGGGAACGAGGCCGGGUCGACGCCAAGGCCACUCUGGAAGGGCACAAGGAUGCCGUCUGGGCAUUGUGUUGUCUUCCGAGCUUGACCGGCACUCUCCUGGGAGAACGCUGCUCACAGUAUGGUGGCCCAGACCGAGUUCUGCUCGUCAGUGGAGCUGCCGACGGUACCAUCUUGAUAUGGGCUGUGAGUACGCCACCCCAGUUGAGUUCUCCUCAUGCCGGCAACCGAUCAACCCGGGGGAAUCGACGUGCAAACUCCGUCUCGGCUGGAUCGAAUUUUCCCAGUUCGCCUCAACCCAGUGUCGCGAGCACCAUUCCUUUCAACUACAGUUUAGUACACCGCAUCGAACGGGCGGACAAGCCAGCUCCCACAUCUAUCUCUCCGCUGGGUCUCCAUGGAGAAAGUUUUGUCGUUGCUUAUGCCGACGCUAGUGUCCUGGUCUUUGAUACCCGGACGGGAGAGGAGGUGGUCGGGAUGGCGAGCCAGGAGACCUACGAUGGAACUCCCAAUACAGGGAUCAAUGCUGUCGCGGCCACUAGCACUGGCUUUGACACGAGAGAUUCGGUGACAACCGGUCGUCGUGGUUCGAUGGGCGAGGACGAUGUGGUGCAUGGUGCCACCGGUUCCGAGGGCGGUGUCGAAGGAGUCGUCAUUGCUGGAUAUGAAGACCGUUUUAUUCGGUUUUUUGACGCUAAUAGUGGGCAAUGCACGUAUACCAUGCUCGCGCAUCCGUCCGCAAUAUCUUCUCUGUCCCUCAGUCCGGAUGGAAAAGAACUCGUCUCCGGUGGGCACGACGCCAGUUUGCGUUUUUGGUCUCUCGAGAAGAGGAGCUGCACACAAGAAAUAUCCAGUCACCGGAUAAUGAGAGGCGAGGGUGUAUGUAGUGUGGUUUGGAGUCCGGAUGGGAGAUGGGUCAUCAGUUGUGGAGGCGAUGGAGCCGUCAAGGUAUUUUCAAGAACCUAA